CAGUCCACCAGCGGGACGUGGCGACUGCUCUGAAACCCCCAAACCAAAGCCAUGGAGCAAGCCACCCCUCCCGCCGCCGCUGGCGUCGACCUAUCCCCGGCGGCGACCGACCUCGGCCGGGUGCACCUCCUGCCCUGCGGCAUCAGGCACAACAGCGCCGCCGCCGUCUCCGACUACUUCAAGCCGAGGGACACUGGCGUGGAGGUGGAUGGGGUGAAGGUGGAGGAGGCCUUCUUCCGCGGGAGGAACCUGCAGGGCGCCACCGUCGCGCUCCCCGAUGGCUACCGAGGUUAUGUACUGGAGAAGAAGAAGAACGAAGAAAAGGAUGCUCAGGGCAUGGAUGAGGAGGCUAGCAAUUUUGUAUCCCGUGCAGAAUUCCAGAACAUAACUUACUGGAACCAUGACACCAUGCCAUCAGCAGAGGAUCCUCUCCCACGGUGCUUUCAUUGGUUAGCCAUUGCGAAUGCAAUGCACAAGCCAGUGACUGCUGAAGACAUGGCUAACAUGUCAGCCAGGCAGAAUCAGAACAGUUGACCAAGAUCUAUUACAUAGUGAAUCUGUUAUUUAGUUCCAGCAAGAGCCAAUCUAACAAGCAAUCUACCACCCUGAUGAACUUGGAAUGUUGCAAUUGUAACGGUCGUUAGCUGCGAGCCUGUGAGGGCCAGGCACUCUUGUGUUAAGAUUAUCAGUCUGUGUUGCCAACCUGUUGUUCUCUUCUUGAGGGGGCUCUUUCCUGUUCUACUGAGCAGUUCAUUUGUCAGCCUAUCAGAGUGUAGUAUCAAAAAACGUCUUACAUUAUGGGAUGGAGGGAGUACAUGUGAUCUUGUGAAUUUAAGUUCUCAUGACUUGAUAUGAUGUGGACAUAUUAAAUUGUCAUAAUAUGACACAGGAAAUUCUCAUAA